UUUUUUUGUGUGUGGUGUUACAAAAAGGUUUUACUAAUAGCAAGCUUAAUCCUUUCUCCUGUUUAUUACUAUGAAAAAAAAAAAAAACAAAUAAAGAAAAAACUAAAAUGGAUCUCCAGCAAUAAAUUCUAUGUUCCCUAAAUCAAUUACCGAAAAUUUUGGGCAAUCCCCCUUGUUCCAGGUCUGCCGUGUCGGUUCAUUGUCCGAUUAUCAUCUCGCUGGAGCUUCACGUUAGCAUCAUCAGCCUAUCUCUGAAUUAUCAUUAUUUUCUUUUUAUUUUUUAGUUUUGAUUAUCAUCAUCAGGUACGUUUCACAAUUUACUCAGAUCUUAUCCUUUUUUCUUUCUGAUCUACAACUACUAUACAAGGUUAUUAGUUAAUUUUUCAAAAUAUGAAUUACGGGAAAUCAGGCAAUAGUUUCGAUUUUGAUCUGGGUUUGAACUCUGGUCGAUCUGGAUCUCGAACCCCUCUCAAUGAUCAGAAGAACAAAACGUCGUCGUAUACAUAUUCAUCAACACAAUCAAAACCAAAUUCUGGAUCUUCAUGGACUCAGCCCAACAAAUCAACAUGGACUCACCAACCAAUAGGGUCUUUAUCUGGUCCGACGUCAAUGGCUGGUGAUAUAUUUGGGAAGAGUUGGGGAUCUUCAGCUCCUUCAACCACUACCAAUGUUGCUUCAAGUGUUGGGAUUGCUAACAAAAACCCUAAUUUGUUUGGUGAUUUGGUUAGCUCAGCAUUGGGUGGAAAUAAGAGUAAUAACAAUGCCCCGUUGAAAAAUGCUGCCCCAACUGCUAACAACACCGCGUUUUCUAUGGGUGCUAUGGCUGAUAAUUUGUCAAAGAGUGUUAAUUCUGGUGUUAGCUGGGGUUCAGCUGCAAAUUCUGGCACUGGUAAUGCUGGUGGUUAUAAUGCUUAUAAUUAUAGCGGCAGUGUGAAUCUGAGUGGUGGUAAUACUAAAACACCUAAUCUUGGAGGUACGUCAUUGAAAAAUAUGGCUGGAAGUGGAGUUGGAGGAGGGAUGGGUGUCAAUAAGGACCCUUUUGGUUCGCUGGUUGAUUUUUCGUCUAAGCCUGUGCAUAAUAUUAAGUCGGGUACUAAAGAAACUAAGAAGAGUAGUUCAGAGGAUGAUAUGUUUAGUGAUUUCCAAAAUGCUAAUAAAUCAGGUGGAUCAGGAUUUUCAUCAGAUCCGUUUCCCACAAGUAAUAUUAAUGCUUCUACAGGGUCGAAUCCAGGUGGUGCUUAUUCCAAAGUAGAUGAUUUUGGAUUCACUAAUACUCAGAGUCAACCAUCUGCUACUCAGUCUUCAGGUGUGGGUGAUUUUGAUUCGCUUUUUUCAUCAACUACUGCUUUAUCCGGGGGAGCUGCUGGAGGGAGUGCGAACCAGCAUUUUACAGGGGGUGAUGAUUGGGGGUUUGAAUCAGAGUUUGUGGGUGCUAACGAUAGCAGUGGGACAACUGAAAUUGAAGGGCUUCCACCACCACCACCUUCUGGUGUCAGUGGUUCUGCAGCAAAGAACAGGGGAAUGGAUAAUCACAAGCAGGGACAAUAUGCUGAUGCCAUAAAAUGGUUGUCAUGGGCCGUCAUUCUUCUUGAGAAGGCCGGUGAUGAUGCUGGUGUAAUUGAGGUUCUGUCAAGUAGGGCUUCAUGUUACAAAGAAAUAGGCGAAUACAAGAAGGCUGUGGCUGACUGUACAAAGGUGCUAGAACAAGAUGGCACGAACGUUUCCGUUCUUGUGCAGCGUGCUCUGUUGUAUGAGAGUAUGGAGAAGUACAAGCUUGGGGCAGAAGACCUCAGAACUGUUAUGAAAAUUGAUCCUGCUAAUAGGGUGGCGAGAAGUACUGUACACCGCUUGACUAAGAUGGCUGGCUAAGAGGCUUUGUCACAUUUGUUCUCUUAGCUUUUACUAGCACAGAUGAUUUGAGAACUGCUCCCCUUGUCAUACCAAUUCUGCGGAACUCUGGCGAAGAAAUUCUUUCAACAUUUUCUGGUUCUUGUUUUGUUAUCCAUUGUAUUUUAAUCUUAUUGUUGUUUGCCACUGAACUACCAUUGUAAUAUUUUGAAAUUGCUUUGUAAUGUGAAGUGCUGCAUAUUAUUCUUU